AAAUCAAAUGUAGCGUAAAUGAGCCGCCUCCAAAAUUUUUUCCUCUAUACUGUCACACUGCCUUCACUCUUAUUUAUUUCCCCCCUUCUUUUUUCUGUUCCUUACGCAUUUCACUUCUCCCCAGUCCCCACCAUCUUGUUGGUCUCCUUCACCUUGACUGCACCGUAUUCUCACAGUGUCACCAGCUCUAUCCCUCUCCCCUCUUCCCCUCCAUAGCUCAACUACUGAUUGGUAGUUUCAGAUAUUUUGAAUCUUUUAAAAGGAAAAAACGGGAACCCAGUAUGUGUUCAUGGACUGCAGCUGAAUCAGACAUGGUAGUGAAGAACCGGUUGGUAGGGUUCCUACUAUGGCAAUCGAUCCUAAGUAGCUUGAUUUUCUUGGCCUUCACUAUAACGAUCGUCUCCUGGCGCUCCGCCACUGCAAUCUUCGUCUCCUUUUUCAGCUUUCAUCUGUCCCAGCUGUUGUUCUCUGUGUCCCUCUCUACCGUCUUAUCUCCCCAACCUAAAUUUAGACGUAUUUUGCCGGUGUUGCUGACGGCCGCCGCUGUUUCGGGUUCUCUCUCAGCUGUGUCUUUUUGUGGGUUCAAUGGAAGAGUGGGGUUUAAGGGUUUUGCUUCCGGGUUAUUCUACGCUUCUUUUUAUGUUUAUAAGCGGCGAUGGGUAUUGCAGUUCCCCAUCAUUCAGCGUCCCCUUUUCUUUAGCUUCAAGAUGGGGAUCCCUUCCGCCAUUAUUAGAGCACUGAAGCUUUCUGCUGCAGCUUAUCUAUUUUCAGUUCUGCUGUUGGUAUUUCUGCCACACCAUUUUAGCACUGAUCUCAAGCUCGGGAACUUUUUUACUCAACACAUAAUCUCCUAUGCUGCCUGCUUUUCUAUGUUUCUCUGUUGGGAGUUAACUCACCAUUUGCAUCAGGUGCUACAUACUAAAAGGUUCAUAUUUGCACCACCAAAAGGAUCAGCUGCAGCAGAAACAAAUCCAAGUGAGCCUCUCCUAGCUACAUUAGAGGAGUGCUCUCCAGCUUCUCUUCUGAAAUAUCUUGCAUACCUUGAUCUAUGUAUGGUUUGUGAGAAUAAUGUUGACUACUGGCGUCGAGCUGCCUUCUUUGAAGAAACUGGUGAGACUUACAAAAGAGUUGCAGCUGUAUGUUUGAGACCUUUGGAGCAGCUUGCAUCAAAGUUGGUCCAAGGUUUUGAAGGUUCUUCAGAUGAUAAAAUCUUCUCAAUAUCUGAUCAGUUGCAGUCACCAACUAACCCCCGACAGAAUUCAAAAUGCCACGAGCUAGUGAAUGACUUCCAGGUAUACACAUGGUCUGCUCGAGCACUUGCUUCCUUAACUUCACGCUCACGUAAAGAAGACCGAUUUGGAGUUGCUCAACUAUCUGGUAGCAAUGCUGCUGCCAUCUCAACACUCAUAGCUUGUUUACUUGCUGUUGAAACAUUGAUGGGGAAAAAAAUAAGCUUACAACCAUCUCAUCAGUUAAUGGGAGCAUUCAGCACGAAAUCGGCUACCUUCAGUACCGGAAGAAGAGAUGUUAGGACAGGAAAAAGGAGAGAUGACCCACUAUAUUCUAAAGCAUACGCAAUGGCUGAUGUCUUAAGGACUUCAAUUUACGGCAUUGUGUCUGCUUUCCACCAUGAGAUGCUGAAUAGUGCCAAAGCAGGCCUUCUCGAGAAGGAUUGGAUUACUAGUAGCAAACCUCCUUUCGGAACUCGUGAGUUGCUGUUGCAGAAAUUGCAUCUUUUCCUAGACUUCCAAGCAAGUUAAACUAUAAAAAGAAAGAAUGUGAAAAGAACAAGUAGAAAAUGGUUUCAGAAGCUUGACUGCUGGUUUUUCUCCGGUUUCGGUCCAUCAUCGCAGUUCAUGCUGCUUUUGUUGAAGAAAAUCAGCUGUUGUGGAAAUCAACCAAAUGUGAGGACUAUUAUAGGUUCUUUCCAUUUCUAUUUUUCUUUGAAAGAAAAGACUUUUUAAGUUUUUUCAUCUUGGCUAUGAUCAAGUGUCACACAUGAUACGAACUACUUGUGAUAUUCUAUUACAAAGUUUUGCUGUUGAAUCUUUGAGAAUAGUUUCAGUUCA